UUUUUCUCUAAUAAUCAUUGAUCAUAUGUUGCAAAAACACAUGAAACUAAAUGAGUUUUUUGUUUAGAGUUUCAAAAUUUGUAAAAACACAUACUAAGUGGAGCUGUGUUGUAUUUUUAGUUCUUAUUGGUUACUAUAUAUGUCAGGGUACUAGGUUGGGAUUAUGUUAAGCUAAUGAUAGUCUGCUGGUUGAUGAUACCGCGCUUCGAUGGUGCUUUUCAUGUCUAUAACAACUUUGUUCAUCCCUGUCUUUCGAUUGACCUGCAAACUAUCAUUAACUGCUUCAUUAAGCUGAAGGACUUGUUUGCCAAGAAGGAAAACUUCCUAACCGAGGCAGAUAAAUAUGUAAAAGAAAAUGGAUCCGAGGCUUUGGAGAAACUCAUCUCUGCUAAGUCAAGUAGUAUAACUCCUCUUCAGAAAGAGAUGGAAGUUCCUGCAAAGCAAGUUGGAAUGGUGAGGAUAUUGACUUUGAUAACCAAAGAUUGAUUACUAAUGAACUGUGAUUUUUUCUUAUGCUACCAGAUUUUGAGAAUUGAUGAGCAGUUGUCAUUUUGUCACUUACUUGCAAUAUCCAUUCCUUUCCAAUUGACCUGGUAACUUUGCUUUGAUUCCAGUCAAGUAGUAUAACUCCUCCUGUUCAGAAAGAGUUGGAAGCUCCUGCAAAGCAAGAUGGAAUGGUGAGGAUAUUGACUUUGAUAACCAAAGAUUGAUAAUUGAUUACUAGUGAACCCUGAUUUUUUCUUAUGCUCAUAGAUUUUGAGGAUUGAUGAGCAGUUGUCGUUUAAUCGUAUCUGCUUUUGAGAAACAGCAUCAUUUGCAAAGUUUCUAUGAUAUAAUUCUCUCAUUCUACAAUGCAGUCAGAGGGUAUUGAGCCCUGCAUCAUGCAGAAAGGUAGUGAAAAAGCAUACACUAGUCAGGAUGCAAUGAGCUCAACAUCACAGGUCUUAGAGAAAAAGGUAGUGACCGCGGUCAAGCAGAUUCCUGAAGCAGAGCUAAAUGUUGCUCCGGCCAAUAACAAGAUACCUCCACUGGAUGAGAUCAAAGAAGCAGCUGUUCCCGAGAUGUCAAUUCCCGGGAUAUCAACUUUGCCGCAAAUUCAGAAGGAAUGGACCUGUGCUAUGUGUCAGGUGACUGUCUCAAGCGAGAAAACCUUGAUGUGUCACCUACGUGGAAGUCGACACAAAGCCACUUGUGAGAAGCUGACGAAUGUUAAGAACCAGGCCUCCAAAGACAACGCUUCUGUACCUUCAGCGUCAAAGAGCUCCAAAACCCUUAGAAAGGAACCUGCGAAAUGUGCCUCCAGCAGCAGUACUACACGUGAGGAAUCUAAUCAGAAAAGUGGAAGAAGGCGGGCAGGGAAAUCUGAUCUUACCAAAGAGAGUCCAGCAAAAGGUGGAGGAGAUAAAAUAAAACCUGAAUCUAAUCAGCAAAAGAUGAAAGGCCAGCAAGAGAUUGAGAACUCCAACAUAGCCAGAAAGGAGCCUGAGAAAUGUGCCUCCAGCAACGGUACUGCACAUAAUGAAUCUAAUCAGACAACUGGGAGAAGGCAGGCUGAGAAGUCUGAUAAACCCAAAGAGCGACCAGCAAAAAGUGUAGGAGACAAAAUACCUAAAUGCAUGGUAAAAGCUCAGCAAGAGAUUGCGAAGAAUGAAUUUGUUCAGGUUAAAAACGAUAAAUUUUGGUGCUCCAUCUGCAACGUUAGCUGCACUGGCGCUGACAACAUGGUCUCUCACCUUGGUGGCAAGAAGCACUUGUCUCGGAUUCAAAAUUGAAAGUUGUACUCAUGCAAACUUUUAGGUGCUUGAAAUGUAUGCUGUUAGCACGUAACUACUCAUCCUCUCAGUUUUCCAGUCAUUUCUUUGGUUUCUGCCUGUCUCUUUAUAAUUAUAAUUGCUGUUUAAUACUUCAGAAUGGAAACUU